AUUGACCCCCAGCACACGCGCCCAUCUGUGUAGCCGAUUUCAUUUCUGGGGCGCACCUUCCCUUCCUUUUUAUUAAUCUCUCCAGCUGCCUAAGGUACCGCUCACCUCACUUCGCGCCGCUGAUUGCCAGUGACGCGCGACCCGAGUUCCAUCCCGACAGCCGUCUUUCCCUUCUCUUCGCGCCAUCUUCUUCCUCAAAAAUUCUCGAGUGACAUCCAAAUCGAAAUUAAUUGUUCGUCUCAAACUGUUUGAGAUGUCGUAUCGAAUUGAAAUCUCGCCCAACAACCGGGCUGGGUGCACCGACAAGUUGUGCAAAGAUGCUAAAGCCAAGAUCAAGAAAGGCGAGCUGCGUCUGGGCAGCUGGGUAAUAAUUCAAGAACACGGCAGUUGGAGGUGGAAGCACUGGGGAUGUGUAUCCGGGGACCAGGUCGUGAAUCUGCGGAAGAAGAUCGAGGACCUUGACCACCCUGGCGAGUCACGGUACAUUUGGGAUCUCAUUGAUGGAUGGGAGGAAAUCGAGAAUGACCCGGAGCUGGUAGAGAAAGUGCAGAGGGUCAUCAGACAGGGACAUAUUGAUCCCGAAGAUUUCAACGGGGACCCGGAAUACAACAAACCUGGUCAGAAAGGCAUCCGUCCGACUCAGAGGAAGAGGAAGGUAGAGGAGGUAGAGGAUGACGGUGAUGAGGACGCCGAGGCGAAACCGAAGAAAGCCCCUAGCAAGCGAGGCCGCAAAAAGGCCGAAGCCGACGAGGAGGACGAGGAGCCGGAGCCUCUCACAAAGAAGGCCAAGCGCGGGGCCAAGAAGAAAGCCGAGCCUGAGCCUAAGCCUGAUUUAGAGUCAGAUGCCGAAGCUGAGCCCGAGCUCGAGCCCGAGCCCAAGAAGCCCAAGAAGACGGCUAAGGGCAAGCGCGGCGCCAAGGCUGCGGCUGCCGUCAAGGAAGAGCAGGAGGAGUCGGAGCCGGAGCCAGUGGCACCGAAGAAGAAAGCUGGGAGAUCCAAGAAGGUGAAGAAAGAGCCUUCCCCUGAGCCGUCCCCUGAGCUCGGAUCCGAGCCGGAGGAGCCGGAGGAAGAGGAGGAGAAGCCUGCGCCAAAGGCAAAGAGAGGCCGGAAGGCAAAAGCUGUUGAGAAGGACGAGGCUGCCCCGGUCCCGAAGAAGAGGGGUAGAAAGGUAGCUGCUUAAGCAUGGCGAACCUCGAACCAUGCAGUGCUACCUGAACGACUUGAAGCCCGGAACACUACUUCAGCCCCUUUGUAUGGCAAGGGAUGUAAUACUCUCUUCGCAAUUCCCUUUCAUUAGCUUCCUUGGCCAACGAACGAGGGCACUUCCUGUAUCGUGUGUAGCUUCACCAGUCAGAAAAAUUGCUCCAAGAUAUUUGAGGACGGCGCAGAUGCGGCAAGGUCGCAGCAUCGUUGUAUGAUAAUCCACCUUGAAAGCGGAUCUGUCAAGGGGAUAUAGAAGGAAAUCCCAAUAGUGAAAGUGUGUUUAAAAGGCUAUCCGUUUGUCC